AUGAAUAAGCGCCAUCCGUUCGGUUUGCCAAUCUGGAAACCAGCCUUGUACAAAAAAUCACGAUCCGUUGUUCGUCGAGCCAAUAGUGCACUACACUCGUCCCCUUCAUCGUCCCCAGAACUGUUUCUGAACCCUGGAAACAUUCUAUGGCUCCUCAUUUUCGGCUGGUGGCUGGCGCUGGUAAUGUUUAUCAUAUCAGUCGUCUUGAUCGUAGUACCACCUGAAGGGUAUGCAUAUGCCCGUGUCAUGCGUGAACUCGCAUAUUACUUGCUAUGGCCAUUUGGUCGCUAUGUCGAGCACCACGGUGAAGUGGUCAUCAAGAACCCGCUGUCUCCAGCAACAUCCCGUAGUGCCACGAUCAGUCAUGUUGAGGAUGACGGCUCCUCGAUCGUGUCCAUAGUCACAACCGACGAUGGAAGCGAUGAGGAUGAGAACGAUGAAGAAACUGGAUUACUUGGCAGAUCCAAAGACAAAAAGAAGAAAAGAAAAAGAAAAGGCGUUUUGCGUUCGCUUAUCGAUAUCGUCAAGACAGGCCCAGCAGGAUGCAUGUAUUAUCUGCUAUUUUUCAUUAUUGCCACCCCUCUGAUGUUUAUCGUAUCAGCGAUAUGCUGGCUUUGCGUGAUCACUAUUCCCAUGUCCAAACUCAAUUUCAUCCUCCUUCGACACCUUCGUCGUCAUCCGCUUAGUCUUCGCUUUAAGUCGAGCCCAUCAGGCCAAGCUCACAUGCAGCAGACCGGGCGCCCGGCAGUCAUUCUGCUGUGCACAUACCAAGCCAUCGGCUUGCAGUACUACAAGUACACCUAUGAUGGCAUCAACAUCAUGUUUAUCAACUUGAUGCCGCUGGUGUUUUUCGUAAUCUUUGACGAAUACGUGCUCAAGCACUAUUUCCCAGACAGCUUCGUCACAAAACCAGCUGUGGUCUUCGCGCUGUCACUUGCAUCCGUCAUUCCUCUGUCCUAUUUCAUUGGAAUGGGAGUAAGCUCGGUCUCGGCCCAGUCCAGUAUGGGCAUCGGCGCCUUUUUGAAUGCUUCAUUUGGCAGUAUUAUUGAAAUCAUUCUGUAUGCAGUGGCACUCAUGAGCGGCAAAAGUGCCCUGGUUGAGGGCGCACUGAUAGGCAGUGUCAUGGCGGGUGUGCUGCUCAUGCCUGGGUGCUCAAUGAUCAGUGGAGGUUUCAAACGCAAGGAGCAAAGGUUCAACGCCAAAAGUGCAGAGGUGACUUCGACCAUGCUGAUUAUGGCCAUUAUUGGCGCUCUGACUCCUACGUUGUUUUAUCAAAUGUUUGGAUCGUUUGAACUUCGAUGCGCUGGAUGUCCUGACACAGUUGAACCGGGUAGUGGCGGCACCAUCGCAUGCUCGCGUUGCUAUUACGAUCAGAUGAAUCCGACAAUCGAUCCGGUGUAUCAAAACAGCGUCAAGCCAUUAAUGUGGUUCUGUGCUGCCAUUUUACCUUCGGCAUAUGUCAUUGGCAUUGUUUUCAGUUUGCGAACACAUGUUGACAUGGUGUGGAAGAAACCUGAACACAGCGCACCUCUACAGCAUGGCUCGUAUUAUCAAAAAUUGAUGCCAGGUCAAUUUAUUUCACACUUGAUCCACCAUCCUGGUCAGCAACAACAGCAGCAACAGCAACAACACACAGAUCAACAACACGGGGAUCAUCAGAAUGGAAAGCAGCCGCAAAUGAAAGGUAGCAUCCAGCUUCCAUAUAGUCCAGUUGUUGCUAUGGCACCAUCAUCAUCUACAGACGGACGACACCCUUCGCCUCACUCAAUCAACACUACGAUCCACCCUUCUCAUUCAGAGUCUCACAAGGAUAGUCCAGUCAUACCAGCUGCCGUUGCUCCACUUACGUUUGUACACGCGAAAGAACCCGAAGAAGAGGAAGAAGAGGAGGCUGCAGGACACGACUCGCCGAAUUGGAGCAAAUUCAAGAGUUUCACCAUCUUGUUUGGAUGUACACUGCUCUAUUCGAUUAUUGCUGAAGUUUUGGUUGACACUGUGGAUGAGGUCAUGGAUAACCUUGCAGUAGAUGAAAAGUUUUUGGGACUGACACUUUUCGCUUUGGUACCCAACAUCACCGAGUUCAUGAAUGCCAUCUCUUUUGCUUUAUACGGUAACAUUGUGCUCAGCAUGGAAAUCGGAUCAGCAUACGCACUGCAGGUGUGCCUAAUACAAAUUCCAGCUAUGGUCGCAUUCUCGCUGUGGUAUAAUUGGGGGAAAGAAGAGUUAGCACGCUACUCAUUCAGUCUCGUGUUUCCACGGUGGGACGUCAUUUGCGUCAUUUUCUCGGUGUUUCUACUAACAUAUACAUACCAGGAGGGUAAAUCCAACUACUUUAAAGGCUCGAUCCUCAUCAUGAGCUAUUGUGUAUUGUUGGCUGGAUUCUACUUUAUCCCUCCUUUCACCGAAAAGAGUAUCCUUAUUGGAUUUGAUCCCAGUGUAGGAGCACAACAGCAAGUGGUUACUGCACCACCCUUGAUACCGUAA